AUGACAAAGUCAAGUGAUGCCAAUGAAUAACAAAGAAAAACAAGAAAAUACUAAAAGAUCAAUAAAGAAGAAAGGAGAAUAGUAUUAAAGCUACUUCUAAAUGACAAACUAUCCCUUUAAGAGGUAUCAAAUUUUGCUAAAAUUAUCAAUACCUUUAACUAAUAUAUAUGAUAUUUUAAACAUUAUUUAAUAUAGGUAGCUAAUAGACUUAAACUAAAAUAUUGUACUGUUCGCACAAUUUAAAAAGCAUUUGAAAAAGAUGGUCGUAUAGGUAAAAAGGAAACAAGAAAGAAGAAGCUUAAGGUUUAGACUAUCCUUAAAAUUUCAAUAGUAAAUCCAUUCACCUUUUAAUUAUCAGAACCUAUUGUAUCAUCUGAAGUUAGUCAAGUACUUUUAAAUAUUAUUUUAUAGAUUUAUAUGGAUAAGCAACCUUCAUAAGAAGACUAAGUAAUUUUGGCAAAAGAAUAACGUUGUCUUCUUCAAUCGUAAUGUUAGAAACUCUAUAUGAUAUUAUCUUAAUAAUUCUAAAAAGCUAUGGGAAACUCUAAUCCACUUUAUUAGAGUACUUUACAAAAUUUAUUAUGGGCAUCUUAAUUGAUAAUAAAGUAACUUCUAGAAGUUAAACAAUAUAUAAAUGUAAAAUAAGAACAUGAACCUCCUUCCCCAAAUCAAACUUAAUAUCCAUUUCCAAUCUAACAUAAUCUAUAUUAAUCAUAAUAUAGUUUUAUAUUACCAAGAAUCAAUUCUUGA